AAGGCUUCUCGUGUAUUCUCCAAGCAUUUCCACGCACCCUCAAUCAAAUAUCCACAUUGGCCGUGUUAACUUCGCCGCAUGGUUUCCGAAAAAAUUUGUUAAAAGAAGUCCCCGUAUAAAAAGUUUACAAAUUUUGCUAUGCAACUUUACCAAGUUUUACUCGCGGUUGCUUACCUACUGGCGGCGGCACAAGGUCUCAGCUUUACAGUGACUUCAAAAGUUUACCUGGAAGUGAGGCAUCAAAAGAAACCCUUGGGACGCAUAGUUUUGGGUUUGUUUGGUAAAAUUGCACCAAAAACUGUCACCAAUUUCCGACACAUCUGCUUGCGCGGCAUUAAUGGCACCACUUAUGCGGGUUCAAAAUUUCAUCGAGUCAUAAAUCGUUUCCUUAUACAGGGUGGCGAUAUUGUAAAUGGCGAUGGUACUGGUUCGACGAGCAUUUAUGGCGACUAUUUCGAGGAUGAGGCAUUAAAUGUCGAACAUAAUCGUCCAGGCUAUUUGGGUAUGGCUAAUCGUGGUCCUGAUACCAACGGUUGUCAAUUCUAUAUAACUACCAUUUCGGCGAAAUGGUUGGAUGGCAAGCACACAGUAUUUGGCAAAGUGUUGGAUGGCAUGGAUACGGUGCAUGCUAUUGAAGAUGUUAAAACUGAUACUGAUGAUUUUCCCAUAGACCCCGUUACCAUAGCCGAUUGUGGUGAAAUACCAAUUCAGCCUUUUGAAUUCUAUCCUGACGAUUUUAACAUAAUGAGCUGGGUUAAGGCGGCCGGACUACCUGUAAUGAGCUCCUUCAUAGUGCUGCUUAUUUUCCAUUACUUCUUCAGGCAACUAAAUAUGUACUGUUGACGCAGCCAAGACAGACCUCGUUGGAAAUGGAAAACAAAUAAAUGUGAAAGCAUUUUAACUAAAAAAAUAGUAAAUGAUAUAUUUAAUAGACAAUUUUACAUUUGAAAAUACAUAUAGAUAUGUGUAUACAUUAAAAAUCUUCGAAAU